AUACAAUUGGACCAAAUAAUUCUGGGAAACGACCAAAAAAUCGUGGGAACGCACCAAAAAAAUAUGGGAACACACCAAAAAUUGAUGGGAACUGACCAAUAAAUCGUGGAAAACCCUGUAUUUUGAAUAUUCAGGUUUUUGAAACGACUAUCCAAUGGACCGUUACAAUGUAUCCACCAAACUCUUACCUCAAGCACACACACCUGUGUAAUCAGAGUCACCUUUGAAACCACCAGCCGUCUAUAGUAACGGAAAUGUAAAACUAUAUCAAUUACACUCAGUUUCAGCACCUCCACUUUAUCCAAGCGUGUAUAAAAAACGCAUGAAAAAACAAACAAACACACCCCGGAUUAGGCACGGCGGCGGGGCAGCAUUAUAUUUGGCCUUUUGAGAAGUCAAUUAGACACGAGCCGCAGCAGUACCAGUAACCAACCAACCAACACACACACACACACACGUCCAUUCUGAUUGCAACUCACUCGUUUCGUUUUCUACGAUACGCAUUUACACAAAUCGAUGCAGCCGAAGAAGAAAAAUCACACAAUGGAAUGCAAAUCUUCCGCAGGUUAGUGUAUGGGAAGUGAGGUGGUUCAACAUGAGUAGUACUGUCCUAUUUGAAUAUGGAAAUGGCAGGUGGAGAUGAAGGGAGAGAGGGAACGUGUUAUGACAAUAAUUAGCGUGGAAAAGUAUAAGAUUGAAUUAGCAUGACUAAAUGUUUCGGGGGUAUAAUAUUAAAGGGAAUUUGGGAAGAAAGCUGAACUUAUUACAAACAAAUUGCAAAAGGAAACUGUAUAAUCAACUAUAAAGAAACGACAUGUUCCGUCGGUUUAUCGAAAAUACGUGUGUGCAAAGCCAAACACUACUGAUACUGCUGAUACUACUGUGGUAAUUGUUAAAUCUUUCAUGUUUACGGAAAGACAACAACAUUGCACAGCAAACUCGUUUAACUCGAUGUGUCUAUUUACAUACUGCUGCAUCUACUGGAUCUACUGGAGCAUAUAAAAAAAGGCAAUAGCACAUGAGCAACAUAAUUAUCUGUCUGUAAAACUCAUCACAAGUUCCAAAAGCGAAAACAAUGAAUACAAACCAGCCCCAAAUAUAUCAGUGUUUUAUCAUUGCAACAUAAAAGCGGAAAAUGAAGAACAAAUAAGAGUGAAGAAUGAAGUUAAAAUGCAAACACGUGUUAUAUGAUAGGGAAACCAGCAAAAAAAAAAAUGCAAAAGAAUGAAAACAAAAGACAAAACCAUAUAAACCAUGUUGAAGAAAGCCAAUAAUCGAACAAGUAAAACAAAACAACUCAGAACAAAAAACCCAUUUAUUGCACAAGGGCAACACAAUCAUAAUCGAAUGAUGGCAGUAGGCACAGGGCGUGAGCCACAUGGUGUUAUACUUAUAUACAUAUACUACUAUAUAUAUACACACACACAUACUGAAACGUUUACAUCGUUGUUAGGUACUUCUUGUUGCGGUAGUGCGAAACUUGCAGCUUCCAAACUGCGCUUAUGAUAUACAAACACACACAUACAUGCAUAAUCGCGUAUCAAAAUGCUUAUACAAUUAUUGUAUUGCGCUUAUCAUAUUUACAAGAAGAAGAAAAAAAACAACAUAUUAAGCAUAAAAGCAUAUUGUGUUUACAUUGAUUCCCGUGUGGUGGUGGAACGUUUUGAAGUUUAAUUGCACGAAAGCAUUACUUCCAUGCCGGAACUGUAACUUGGAACCGUUCCAACAUUCAAAUGCGCCAAAAAAGAAGGAGUUUUCAAUGAAUCAAUGCUUCCACCACUAGAACCACAGCUACAGAAUAUCGCAACAUAAGAUGAUCUCUCAUGUGUGUAUGUGUUAAAUUAUGAAGGAGAGGCGCGAAAGGUCGCUUAAAACCCUUCUCACCCGCACACCGUUGUUAAAUUGUUCUAAAAAAUUGAAACGCGCUUUAAACAUUGUUUGGUGAACCAAAAACACUUGCAGCGCCUAUAAAUUACAUACCCUUAUCCCGCAAAUAUGUACAACCACUCCCCCCGCGACGCCAUGUAAUGCAACUUAAAACGUCUGUUCAAUAAAUGGUAGAAACAUGAACACGCUUUCGCUUCCGGCUAGUGCUAGGUGCUAGUUGCGGCUCCCCUCGGUUAGCAAAUUUCUGCUGUGCUCAGCACAGAUUGAUUGUGCUUAUAAAUUCCAAGAAUCGCUCUCGAAGUGUCAUCGCAACAUGACACAAGAGCAGAGAGAUCACCUUCCCAGUUUUAUCACAAGAAUCGAGCUUCCUUCUUCGUUCUCUAGCGUUACCUAGGGUGCGUUCGAGUGUGUUUCAUCAAAGCAAGCGCCUUCCCAAUGUCGGCGACAGCGCAUCGAUCGCAUCUAGCCCAUCAUUCUUCAUACCAUCGAGCGCUACGGACGGUGCUCGUCCGCGUGAUGGCUUCCAUACGCCCGAAUCGCUCCACCGGGCAGACCAAGAAACCCACCAACAAACCGGGCAGCGCGAAGAAGCGCCCCACAUCGAACGUGUUCAGCGUGCUGGAGCAGCACCAGGUGGCGGAGUUGCGCGAGCUGUUCAACCUGCUCGACACGAGCCACGCGGGAGUGGUCGGCCGGGAGGAGCUGCGCGACAUGCUGACCGUGUGGUACGAGCGGGCCCCGACCGAGCAGCUGCUGGACGAGCUGAUGGCCGAGGCACGCGGUUUGCCGCUCAACUUUACCCUCUUCCUGACGCUGUUUGCGCAGAAGCUGCGCGAUACCGAUCCGCCGGAUGUGCUCCAGAACGCGUUCCGCUGCUUCGACAGCAACGGGGAUGGGACGGUCGAUGCGGAGGAGCUGCGCCUGUGGCUUACGACGAAGGGCGAUCAGCGGCUGACGGACGAGCAGGUGGACGAAAUCUUCUGCCAGCUGGUGCCCGAGAAUGGGCGGGUGAAGUAUGACGCGUUGGCGAACCUCUUUCACGACUGCUAGGGUAGGAUCGAAGAUGGCUGUGGUUUGUUUUCAAUUGUGCGGAAUUGUCGCGAAGGGGCGAAACGUCGUGCGAAAGUAAACCGCGCCGGGUAAAAGUGCCAUCAUCCUUGUGCGUGAAAUUGUUGUGAGCCUGUGCUGUUUUCAUUGAUUCACAUUAAAAAUGAACAUUAGUGUCCGGAAAAA